CCCGCUCCCGCCGCUCAGCUCCUCCGGGCCGCUCCGGCCCCCGCCCGCUUCAUGUGUCCCGGCCCGCGGCGGCCGGCGGCUGGGAGCGGCAAGGCGGCGGCCAGCGGCGGCCGGCGAGACCCGGGAGGUGGUGGCCGAGGCCCAGGCGGCGGAGGAGGCCUAGGAGGCGGCGGACGGGAAGCGGUGGGAGCAGGCCCGGCCCGGCCCACGAGCGGUCCCCCGGCUGCAGCAUGCGCGUCCGCCGGGGGCUGCUGCGGCUGCCGCGCCGCUCGCUGAUCGCCGCGCUCUUCUUCUUCUCGCUCUCGUCCUCGCUGCUCUACUUCGUCUAUGUGGCUCCCGGUAUAGUGAACACCUACCUCUUCAUGAUGCAGGCUCAAGGCAUCCUGAUCCGGGACAACAUGCGGACAAUAGGCGCUCAGGUGUAUGAGCAGGUGGUUCGCGGCGCUUACGCCAAGAGGAACAGCAGCGUGAACGACUCAGAUUAUCCUUUGGACUUGAACCACAGCGAAACCUUCCUACAAACCACAACCUUUCUUCCUGAAGACUUCACCUACUUUGCAAACCACACCUGUCCCGAAAGGCUCCCUUCCAUGAAGGGCCCAGUGGACAUAAACAUGAGUGAAAUUGGAAUGGAUACCAUUCACGAACUCUUUUCCAAAGACCCAGCCAUCAAGCUCGGAGGUCACUGGACGCCCUCCGACUGCGUGCCCCGAUGGAAGGUGGCCAUCCUGAUCCCCUUCCGGAACCGCCACGAGCACCUCCCGGUCCUGCUCAGACACCUGAUCCCCAUGCUCCAGCGCCAGCGCCUGCGGUUCGCGUUUUACGUGAUCGAGCAAGUUGGCACCCAGCCCUUCAACCGAGCCAUGCUUUUCAACGUCGGUUUUCAAGAAGCAAUGAAGGACUUGGACUGGGACUGCCUCAUUUUUCACGACGUGGAUCACAUACCAGAAAGUGACCGUAACUACUAUGGAUGUGGACAGAUGCCAAGGCAUUUUGCAACUAAAUUGGAUAAGUAUAUGUAUCUGCUUCCUUACACUGAGUUCUUUGGCGGAGUGAGCGGCCUAACAGUGGAACAGUUUCGGAAAAUCAACGGCUUCCCUAAUGCUUUCUGGGGUUGGGGUGGAGAAGACGACGACCUGUGGAACAGAGUGCAGAACGCGGGCUAUUCUGUGAGCCGGCCGGAAGGCAACACGGGGAAGUACAAGUCCAUCCCUCAUCACCAUCGAGGAGAAGUCCAGUUUCUUGGAAGGUACGCUCUGCUGAGGAAGUCCAAGGAGCGGCAAGGGCUGGACGGCCUCAACAACUUGAACUACUUCGCAAACAUCACGUACGACGCCUUGUAUAAGAACAUUACUGUCAACUUGACACCCGAGCUGGCUCAGGUGGCCGAGUACUGAGAGGAGGAGGGAGCGUGUGUUUGCUCCGCCCACCACCGUGGAGCGCACAGACCAAUGGCACUGGCAUGUCCCUGGCCUCCGCCCCGGGCAGAGAAGCAGGGCCACAGCGUCCGAUGGAAGGUGCAGGGCCCAGGGAGGAGCGUGCGCGGGGCACACGCACACCCCCACCCUUCAGACCCGCCAUUUGGACCCACCGAGACCCAGGGAGCAAGCUCCGGUGCCGCUUUCAUCGGGACUGGCUUCCUCUUUUCACCAGACGACGUCUGUCCUGCUGCUCUUCUGCCCGGUCUCCUGCCCGACGCCCCACCUCAGCCCCCAUCUCAGAACCGGAACCGCAGCCCGCGGCGGGCCUGUCCCGGAGCUGGCUCCUGCGUUGGCCUCGGGAGCUUCUUGGCCUUCGGUGCGAAGAGGCAAACCCACCACAGGGCAGCUGUGUUUCAGGAAGAGAAAUGAAACUCCACACACCAUUCUCCAUCUCUGGUGUUCUCUUCAGUUUCAUUUUUUUAAAAAAAAAUUACCUGCUUUGGGUGGGGGUUGAGGGGGGAGGGGAGGGACUGGGGAAGAUAAAUAGACAUGUAACAAUCACUUCUUGAAGAAGUAUAAUUAAUUGUAAAUAAGCCAUGUAAAAUGCCUUUUUUAAAUUUAAUUUUAUAGCUGGCUUCAAUUCAAACUGAGGAUUUAUAUUAUUACAUCACUUAUUUGGUUGGCAAAUGCAGGAUCUCAGUUAAAAUGCAAUGAAAGAGUAUAUCUCCCAACCUGCUGUCACUUUGGAAGGGAGUGGAUUCAGGGUGUGUCACAAAAGAACAAACGAGUCCAAUCUUGGUCACUGGUAGCUGACCUCUGCCACCAUCCAUCCCCUCUUCCAAGGUCUUGCUCUUGACUUUUGCUGUGGAUUCUCGCCCCUGUUGGGCAUGGACCUCUCUUCGCAGUCUGUUGCGAAGCAGGAGUUUGCUCUUUUGCAGCAAGCUGCUCUCCCUGCUCCCAGCAGACCCCCGGGGGAGGGCCCGCCGGCUUGCACCCCCGGGGCUCUGGCCUUUUGCUUUGUCUUUUCAUCACUGUGAGAGGAAGGAUGGGUGGUGUCUUUCCUUCUCUCUCUCUCUCUUUUUUUCUCCUGUGGAAUGUGGUCACAAUUUCUGAAAUCUGUGCCUAAAGUACCAACUAGCUUCAGUGAUUCCUCUAAGUAUUUCCCUUUUGGUUUCCAACAUUACUAACUAGUCCCCGGAACUAAUGGGCGGUCAAACCGUGAGAAGCUCGCCCGGGAGCAGACGCUGCGUGUGUGCGGUGGGCCAGCGGGGUUGCAGGUUAGACCGAUCAGAGCUCCGAGAUGAGGCCGGCAGGGUGCCAGGGGCGAGAGCCCGCUCGCGCUGUUUGCUCCCAUGCGCUUCGGGAAGUCGGAUUGUAAACUGCGUUUGAGUUUGUGCCUCUUGCUUUUUCCCCUGCGCCAAACCCCUCGAUUCGCCAGUCCCUGUGGACUUCUGCAGAAUUGUGAACAAUGCCAGUGUUUUUCCUCUCCUUUUCCAUAAAACGUAUUUAUAGAUCAUGAUUGGGAGUACUUUCUGAAGAGUACUUCAUAUUUUUUUUAAUUGCCUUGUUUGCCUUCAACUUUCUUAAUUUUCAUGGUUUACAUGGAUGUGCGUGUAGGGGUGUAUUUGUGUAAACACGUGUGGGUUGGGUUUUUUCCGAUGCAUGUUGUUGGUCCCAUGGACAUAUGAUCCCCACAAGUUGUGGGAGUGAUUGGCCAGGCCUCAUUUUUGUUCAUGUUUUUCGUUCUUUUGAAGAAUAGAGUGGCAUUUAGAAAAUCAGUUGCAUUGCAAAGCUCUUACCAGCUUGCAUGAGAGAGCAGGCUGCUGCCCUUGAAAAUGCUGGUGAGUUGCAUCAUAUGUUUUAAAAGAUUUUGAGAAUUUCAUGCUUUAAAAGACCUUCAGAAGGGAACAUUGCACACAGAAGUCCGUCUGGUUUUCCUUUGAUUCUGAUGCACACAGCAAUAACGAUUGCUCUCCCCCUUGCUCCCUUGCGUACCCCCAGACCUCCGUGCUGGCCCUGUGCGCUUCCCACCCUCCUCCUCCUCUUUCCCUCUUUCCUCGCUGAAGGCUGAGCUGCUUUCGGUGAGACAAAACUACGAUGCCACUGGGAAGAACUGGCCAGGACGGACUGCUUGACACUUGGCAGGUGUUGAACAGGGAUCUUCUUUGAAGCUUUUUUUAUCAACCCAUUUUCCACCAAGAACCAGAUGUUGGCAAAAGGCUAACACCUGAUUUAAAAAAGGAAGUGCCGAGUAGAGAACAGAAAGAAAAGGUCUCAGAAAUCAGGUUGCUUAAAUGAUCUUGUAGCCGUGCGUAGGUUUGUGUCAUUGGUGUGGAAUCUCUCCUGUGCCCUGGGUGUCGCUCACCCACCCCGUGGAGCAUUGUCUGGGGAACCAAGCCGGUGAAGCACCCAGCUCAGCCCGGUGCUGUUAGUGGUGUGAAAUUCUCAUGUUAAAAAAAAGUGAAGAAUAACAAUAAGAACCAAAUGUGACCUUGCGUGUAUUGUGGCAGCUGAAAUUCUUUUAAGGCUACUGAUGGGUGUGCCCCUCCCCUUAAAUCCUUCUUGUCUUGGAAUAUUGCCAGACGGGGGAAGGUUGCUCCUUUCACACUUUUUUUUUUGAAGGGGGGGGAGUUAUUUGCAAAAAUACUCAUUUUGACAUUAUAGGGACUCUUCUUAGAGCUUCUCCAGCACAGACAUUCGUAGCUGAGCAACAGCCACGUGGUCGAUUGUAUCCACUCACCAGUGACGAUGACAUGGAGCGCAGCUCACGCCCAUCACUGCGCUUUGUUGAGCUUGCUCUUGUUCUAAGAGGUGCCGGGGGUACAUUUUUGCACUGAAAUCUAAAGAUGUUUUAAAAAAAAAAACUUUUCACAAAGAUAGUCCUUUGUCAUUACAUUAUUUACUCAUGUGUUUGUACAUUUUUGUAUGUUAAUUUAUGAAUGAUUUUUUCAGUAAAAAAUACAUAUGGAAGAACCAAA